UAUUUUAGACGUGCCUUUUCAGUACGUUGACUUAAAAGUAGGCCUUCGAGUUUAGUUGCGUUGUGAAGUUGACGCAAGCAGGUUUUUACGCACACAAAAGUCGUUUGUCCUACGAUUUGAAAGCAGCCUCAGCCUUCGUAGGCGGGGCCUGCUGCAGGAUACAGUCACGUGACCUGCCCCCGGAGCCAGGCUGACCAAUUCCAAUAUGGUGGCCAGCUUGGCAGGUCCACGGUUCUUGUUGAUGAUAUUGUUGUCGUGCGGGAUCAGCUUGGGCUCCUGCGGCCAGGGAGCCCCGCUCGUCCUGGGCCUGCGCCUGGAGGAGCCGGCGGCGGCGGCCCGGGUGUGCAUGAAGAACCGGAUCAUCUCGGCGCCGCUAGGAUCCACGUUCAAGCUGCGUCUCUUCGGCACCGACCUCGGUCCACGGACGCCGUCGCCGUGGCUGGCUUUCGCGGGGGCACCCGCGGGGGCAGCCGGGGCCGUGGGGGACGGUACCGACCCGUGCGAGGACGAGUCCAACCGGAAGGAGUCCGCUUUUCAGAUCAAGGAGCCGUUCAUCCCGGAUGAGGAGCACAGCGGGCUGCUGACGGUGGAGGUCCCGCGGAGGAGCGGCGAGCGGACUCUCCAUCAUCUGUGCGUGCUGGCGGGGGAGAGGUGGACCUCGGUGGUCCCGGACAGACUGCGCGUCGCCUCGGACAAGGAUCUGCCCGCGGACCACAUCCCGACGUGGGGCCUGGCGCUGCUCAUCCCGCUCUUGCUGCUCCUCUGCGGGCUGCUGAGGACCGUCAACCUCAGCCUCCUCUGGCUCGACCCCGUGGAGCUUUAUGUGCUCCACAGCUGCGGCUCCGAGGAGGAGAAGCGGGCCGCCAAGCGCCUGGAGCCCAUCAGGAGGAGAGGGAACUUUCUGGCCUGCUCCCUCCUCUUCCUGUGCGUCCUGGGCCACUCCGUUCUGGGAGUGCUCCUCUACCGGGCCCUGGGCUCCAUCGCCUCGGCCGUCUUCACCAGCGCCCUCCUGGUCUUCUUCCUGGCCGAGCUGCUGCCUCACGUCCUGUGCUCCGGCUACGGCUUCCAGAUGGCGCCGGGCCUCACCUGGCUGGCCCAGGUGUGCAUGGUGCUCACCUGCCCCCUGUCCUGCCCCCUGGGGCUGGUCCUGGACCUGGCGCUGCGGCGGGACAUCAGCACCUGCGGCAUCAGGGAGAGGGCCAUGGAGAUGAUCCGCACCAGCGUCAACGACCCGUACAGCGAGUUUGUGAAGGAGGAGUUCAGCCGCGGGACUCUGCGCAGCAAGACUGUGGAGGACAUCUUGACCCCCCUGAAGGACUGCUUCAUGCUGCCCAGCUCCACCCUGCUGGACUUCUCCACCAUGUCGGACAUCAUGCAGAGCGGCUACACGCGGGUGCCCAUCUAUGACGAGGAGAGGUCCAACAUUGUGGAGAUCCUCUACGUGAAGGACUUGGCCCUGGUGGACCCGGACGACUGCACCCCCAUGACCACCAUCACCAAGUUCUACAAUCACCCGCUGCACUUUGUCUUCAACGACACCAAGCUGGACGCCAUGUUGGAGGAGUUCAAGAAAGGCAACAGUCACAUGGCCAUCGUCCAGAAGGUCAACAACGAGGGCGAGGGGGACCCCUUCUACGAGGUUCUGGGCCUGGUCACCUUGGAGGACGUCAUCGAGGAGAUCAUCAAGUCGGAGAUCUUGGACGAGUCGGACGGUUACCUGGACAGGAAGCUGAAGCGUCCUCUGGUGCCCAUGGAGAUCCCCCUGGAGCCUCGCGGGGCCCCCGAGGAGUUCUCCCUCUUCAAGCCCCCCGAGGGAGAACCCAAGAUCCGAACAUCGCCGCAGCUCCUGCUGGCCACUCAUCGCUUCCUGUCCAGAGAGGUGGAGCACUUCAGCCCGGCGCGCGUGUCCGAGAAGGUCCUCUUCCAUCUGCUGCGCCACCCCAGCGUCAACCAGGAGGUGCACUUCGACGCCGGCGACCGCCUGAGCCCCGCCCACUACCUGUACACGCGCAACCACCCGGUGGACUACUUCAUCCUGCUGCUGCAGGGUCGCGUGGAGGUGGAGAUCGGCAAAGAGGGGCUGAAGUUUGACAACGGCGCGUUCACGUACUACGGCGUGUCCGCCCUAACACUGCCCUCCUCAGUGCACCAAUCUCCAGUGUCCACUCAGCAUCAGUCCCCCCGAGAUCCCUUUGAGUCGUCGGAGGCGACCAGCCCGUCUAGUUACUGUCCAGACUACACCGUCAGAGCACUCACGGACCUGCAGCUCAUUCGGGUGACACGCCUCCAGUACCUCAACGCCUUAAUGGCGUCGCGGGCCGGUCCCAGUCCAGACCCUCCUGAGAUCAAAAUCCUCCCCAACAGUCACACCAAACUGCUGAACGACAAGAACGCUGCUGCGCAAGACUUCAGCUUCUCUUUCUUUGACACCAUUGACAACUACUGUUAGUGCGUCUGUGCACAAGGCGGCGGCGGCGUGCUGGAGAGCUCCACCGAAGAAGAAGAAGCUCGAGCGUAGUCACUUCUCUCCAUUCCUUCUUGACAUCAUUCCUAUUAUUGUUAUUAUUAUUAUUUUUAUUGUUUUUGUUGUUUAAAAAACACUGUUUUUGGCCUUUAUUUGCGUUGUUUUCAUGUGGGCGGCGCCUUUCUUCCACUUCAGCAUUGCCAUUUGUGACAGUUGUUGUGCCAAAGUGUGUGUGUGUGUGUGUGUGUCUUGUAUUUCUAGCCUUCUUGAGACAUGAAGAAGGAAAAGUAUCUUCCAUAUGAGGAGGUGUGAACAAAGUGAGGGUGGUCCCAAAAAGGAGGGAUUUUUCAAAUUGACUGGGUGUGGCUUUUAAAAGUGCUCCCCCUCUGGCCAACAUACGAAAUAACAAGUGUGUAUAAAAAAUCUGAAGUGCUCCCCCUCUGGCCAACAUAUGAAAUAACAAGUGUGUGUAAGAAAUUGAAAUGCGCCCCCUUUUGGCCAACAUUAAUUUAAAAAAAAAUAUGUAAUGAUGUAUAUAGAGACAUACUGUGAUAACUUGAAGUAAAUAAUGAAGAUUAAAAAACAAUUACAAACAAAAAAAACAAACUAAAAGCUGACCUUUUUUAUAUUUGCAUAGUAUGUAUAUAAUAUUAAUGUUGUAAAUACAAAUCUUUAUACAUCUAGAAAGGGUGGUCCUAAAGAGAGAGACAUUUUUUGGAGGUCUCAAGAAGGUCAUAAAUACAAGAAUGUGUGUGUGUGUGUGUGUGUGUGUGUGUGUGUGUGUGUGUGUGUGUGUGUGUGUGUGUGUGUGUGUGUGUGUGUGUGUGUGUGUGUGUGUGUGUGUGUGUGUGUGUGUCCGUUCAGACAUGAAUGAAAGGAGCGCCCUCACACACUGAGCGUGUGCACUGUGGUCCUUGCAGGGACGCCACACAGCACGGUCACGUGACCCCUCCAGCUCGUUUCCACGGUUACGUGCAGGCGAGGCGUGAAACACUUAAUAAGGAGUUCCGACGCACACAUUUGUUAGCCAACAUCUCAGCGAGCGAUUAUAAACUCCCAAGGGAGGGAAAUGUUGACACAAUUCUUCCAACUUUUCGUAGUUUUUAUGAAGCUAGCUAGCAUAGCAAAUAACAACUUUAGCACAUUUUUUUUUUUUUUAUGUUUUCUUCCCGGCGCAAACAUUCCUAAUUGUUUAAUGAGCCACAAAGUUGCUUUCACUGAAGUGAAAUGCUGAAUUCUCCUGUUGGCUUUUGGUCUUUCUGUCACUACGACGCCAUUAGCAUGCUAACACGCUAAUUAGCUUUCACUGACUGAGCGGCGCCAAAUAAAUGCGCACUUUGCUUAAA